UGACUUCACUUAUCGGUCGUUGUUGGAGAUUUUGAUUAGUCUUUGUGAGGGAGCUUUGGCUGACCAAGUUUGUAGAAUUUUCAUCCAGACACAAGCCAGUGAGCCGAAUAAAGAAGACGCUGUGUCCUUGUCAUCUGCACCAGCACUGGCUACUGGGAUCACUUUAGGAUCAUCUUCUAAACCAGUGAGUGCAGUUCUUCAACAGCUGAUGGACAAAUAUCAGCUCACUACUUUCCAAAUCAACCAUGAAAUCCCGCGAACAGACGUGUCAUAUUUGGCUGCCUGUUUUGACAAUGUGGAGCUCUAUGUCGAUGCUAUGGAAUUAUCACCUAGCGAGAAAAGUGAUGUUUUGUUAACAAGAUUGGACAGUAAUCACCUAGCCAUGAUCAUGUGCUUGAACAUCUGGAAAAGAAAGAAGCUCUCACAAGCGACAUUCAGGGCCCUUCUGGAGAUGCUAAUAAAGCUGAAGAAAGAGGCGAUUGCUGACAAAGUCUGCAUGGAAAUUUCCACCAAAUCUCUAUUUGGACUUCGAGGGAUGUCCGUGGCACAAGGGCAGGAACACACUACUGAACAAGCAGUUCUGUCACCUACCACAGAAGUAGAAGCCCUACUAGCCAGCAAUGGAUUGAUGUACACUGACGCGAAUAGGGAGUGCAAAGUUGACCAUAUAUUAAAUAUUUCACUGAAGCUGGAAAAGUGAGAGAUAGUAGCAACGUGGCUGAGAUUAACGCCAGCUGAGAUUGAAGACAUCCAAUAUAACUACAUGUAUAAGAGUAUAGAAAUGAUGAGAUAUAUCGCUAUUAAGAAAUGGAAAUCUAAGGCUCCACUCUGUGGAACAGCUACUUAUCGAGUUCUACUACAAGCUUUGUUGGACUGUGGCUGCAAUGACUUAGCAAACCAAGUGUGCUCACUACUCAAGAAAUCACUACUCCAGGAAUCACGACUCCAGGAAUCACUACUCAAACAAAGGCAACAGAGGAGGAUAUUCGACGAUGCUCUAAGAGAUGGCGCAGUCACUGUGAAAAUAACGAAUGCUCUAAUUCAAGGAGAAGCGGGUGUUGGAAAAACAUGUAUCAAACGCAUUCUUUGUAAUCAGGGUCGUCCGAGCUCUAGAGAUAGCACUCCUCUUGCUGAUAUUUCUGUUCAUGUUAGAGAUGUAACUGAUAUCAAGGUCCAUUCCCAUAACAACAAGUGGAAAGAAGUGAAUGAAAAAAAAAUGCGAGACAUUGUUGGAGCUAUGAUUUCGGGCAUAGUUCGUGAAAUUCAAGCAAAAGAUUCGACGGAGACAGUAAUUGAAGAUCCAAUAAUCGAAGAUCCAUGGCCGGCUGAACUUGAGUCACUUGAACAACAACUAACACUGCCUGUAGAUGAUCCUAAUGAAAUAUCUGCCACAUUGCUGCCACCGACUGAAUUUGAGUCACUUGAACAACAACUAACACUGCCUGUAGAUGAUCCUAAUGAAAUAUCUGUCACAUUGCUGCCACCGACUGAAUUUGAGUCAUUUGACAAACAACUAACACUGCCUGUAGAUGAUGCUAAUGAACCAUCUGCCACAUUGCUGCCACCGACUGAAUUUGAGUCAUUUGACAAACAACUAACACCGCCUGUAGACGAAUAACGCUCGAGUUUGUUGACUAUUUUUCUGGGCACUACGUGGAAGGAUUGUUUUCUCCACCCGACCUCCUCAAAUUAUUCAUGAGUCAUCUCAUUCUAACACCGUUUUCGCCUACAAAUUCUGAAAUAGAUUUCACAUCACGUACGGCUCAGUACUUCAUGCCCUCACUUUUGGAUAUGCUUACUCAAGACAAAUUAAUAGAAUAUCGUUUUUUGUCUGUUUUGGCGAGUCCGUUGUUAAUUAGAUUUCCUAAUGGUUGGCCACGUGCAGGAGUGUUUUGUUGCCUUCAAGUUUAUCUGAUUCAUCAGUUGGGUUGGAAGCUUCUGCUUAUUAGGGGAAAGCCGAAACUAAUUGCUCAGAAUUGUGUACUGUGUCUCCUCCAGGCAGUAGUUGCCGGGUUAUUUUGAUCGACUCUUUUUCAUAUAUUGAAAUACACGUGGAUGGAUGCAAAGAUGUUUGUUCUGCAAUGUGUCCGAAAAUUCGCAAUCAAAUUGAUACUGGAAUACGUGCUUCUUGUCAAAGACUUCGAUACAGUGAGGAGCAACUGCAGUUAGCUUUCUUUUGUCCUUGUACACUUUCUUCUUCACCACAUUCUGAGGAGGUUCCUCAAUUCCAUGCCGCAGUACUCCUAAAGGACGGCAAUCUAAGAUGCACCUUUGAUGAGAGUAUCACAUCGAGGGUCCAGUCUGAAGAAAUGAUCUGGCUCCAGAAUACAGCACCGGCUACUGGGCACACUGUAGGAUCAUCUGCCCAACCAGUGGGCACACGACUGAUAGACACAUGUCAGCUCAGUACUACUGCCCAAGCCAGUGAGCCGAAAAAAGGAGAUGCUGUGUCUUCCUCGCCUCCACCAGCAUUGGCUACUGGGCACACUGUAGGAUCAUCUUCUAAACCAGUGAGUACAGCUCUUCAACAGCUGAUGGACAAAUAUCAGCUCACUACUUUCCAAAUCGACCGUGAAAUCCUGCAAAAAGAGGUACCAUAUUUGGCUGCUUACUUUGAUAAUGUGGAGCUCUAUGUCGAUGCGAUGGAAUUAUCACCUAGCGAGCAAAGUGAUGUUUUAUUAAAAAGAUUGGACAGUAACCACCUAGCCAUGAUCAAGUGCUUGAAAAUCUGGAAAAGUAAGAAGCUCUCACAAGCAACAUUCAGGGCCCUUCUGGAGAUGUUAGUAAAGCUGAAGAAAGGGGAGAUUGCUGACUACGUCUGUCAGUAUAUAAAGGAAAUUCCCAUCACAUCUGUUGAAGAGGGAGAGACGCAAUCACUUCGAGGGAUUUAUGCACGAGGACAUCAUCACACUACUGAACAAGCAGUUCUGUCACCUACCACCGGCACCGAAGUAGUACGCCUCUCGAGAAAGCGAUUAGUAAGAAGCGGAAGUAGGUCUGGGGACGAGGCGACAGAAGUUGAUGCUCUACUAUCAAGCAAUGGAUUGACAUGCACAGACGGGAAUAAGGAGUGCAAAGAUGACCAUAUAUUAAAUAUUUCACUAAAGCUGGAACAAUGGGAGCUAGUAGCAACGCGGCUGGGAUUAACGGCAGCUGAGAGAGAAGCUAUCAAGGGUAACAAUCAGACUAUAGAAAUGAUGAGAUAUAAAGCUCUUAAGAAAUGGAAGUCUAAGAAUCUACUCAAUGGAACAGCUACGUAUCGAGUUCUACUACAAGCUCUGUUGGCUCUUAGCUGCAACGACCAAGCAAAGCAAGUGUGCUCACUACUCAAGGAAUCACUAGAAUGUCAACAUAAAAUAGAUAAUUAGACCCCAAAACGUUAUAUUGUGUAUUGUUUGUUUGUUUUGCUUAUUUUUAUUAGCCUCUACACAGGCUCUCCUUUUUCUGUUCUUUCACAGCCGUUCAAUAAGAUAAAAUACUGUAUUAAUUGUUCAAUGA